CCCCUUGUUUAUCUCUCACUUUCGUUGGCAGUCCUAUACCUUUCGAUCAGUUUCGGUAGGACGGCCUUACAAUGAAGACGUUUAUAACCGUAUUGCUCUGUAUUGGAUUGGUGGCCGUCUCGGCAAAGAGUUUGAAGUCGGAGAAAAGGGCGGCAGGUUGUACCUACAAAGGUCACACAUAUCAGCAAGGAGAGGCGUGGCAAGACGGGUGCUUGUAUAACUGUAUCUGUGAAAACGGUGCUGCCGGAAAGUAUAAGUGCACUGAUCGUUGUCCAUCGUAUGGAACUCUUCCACCAGUGUGUGCACUGGUGAAGCAACCAGGUCAGUGUUGUUCUGAACCCCAGUGUAACUUCCAAAGCAGUGGUGGUGGCACAUCUUCCGGCUCCGGUGGAACGAUGACCGGAAGUGGUACAAUGACAGGUACAGGUACCGGUACGGCAACCGGAACAAUGACAGGAUCAGGUACAAUGACCGGCGGAACGAGUGGUGUUUGUGUUGACAAGCUGACCAACUGUCAGUCAUACACUAAGGCUGUAUGCUCUAAUCAUGACUACGCUCAAUGGGUACAGGACAACUGCUGCGCUUUCUGUAAUGGCGGAACUGGUGGUGUGAUGACUGGAGGCACAAUGACCGGAGGCACAAUGACCGGUGGCGGCACUAUGACCGGUGGCGGUACAGUGACCGGAGGAGGUACUAUGACCGGAGGCGGUACCAUGACAGGUGGAACAAUGACAGGAUCAUGCCAAGACGCCAUCCCGAACUGUAAGGACUACACAGCGGCCGUAUGUACCGAUUCCUCAUACACCAGCUGGGUCACUAAAAACUGUCCAAGAUUCUGCAAUAGAUGUGGUUCAGGUGGCACUGGCACAGUGACUGAUACAGGGGGAACAGGAGUAGUGACUGGUACAGGGGGAACAGGAGUAGUCCCCGGAAGUGGAGGAAUCGUGACUGGCACAGGUGGAACAGGAGUUGUCCCCGGAAGUGGAGGAACUUUGACCGGAACUGGAGGAACUAUGACAGGAGGAGUUUGUGCUGACACACAGUCGAACUGUAACACUUACGAUCGUACCAUUUGUACUGAUGCUCACUACCAUGAUUGGGUUAAUCAAAACUGUAGAAAAUGGUGUGGAAAAUGUGGAGGAUCUGGAACCUACAUUGUUCCUGGAACAGAUGGUACCGGAACAGGUGGUACCGGAACUGGUGGUACAGGAUCUGGAACCUACAUUGUUCCUGGUACAGUUGAUACCGGAACAGGUGGUCCCGGAACAGUUGGUCCCGGAACUGGUGGUACAGGAUCUGGAACCUACAUUGUUCCUGGAACAGGUGGUACCGGAACUGGCGUAGUUCCAGGCGGAACUGGAACAGUUUGUGCUGACACACAGUCGAACUGUAACACUUACGAUCGUACCAUUUGUACUGAUGCUCACUACCAUGAUUGGGUCAAUCAAAACUGUAGAAAAUGGUGUGGAAAAUGUGGAGGAUCUGGAACCUACAUUGUUCCUGGAACAGGUGGUACCGGAACAGGUGGUACCGGAACUGGUGGUACAGGAUCUGGAACCUACAUUGUUCCUGGUACAGGUGGUACCGGAACAGGUGGUAUCGGAACUGGUGGUACAGGAUCUACAACCACCAUUGUUCCUGGUACAGGUGGUACCGGAACUGGCGUAGUUCUAGGCGGAACUGGAACAGGAACUGGAACUAUGACAGGUGGAACUGGAACCGGAACAAUGCCUGGUGGAACUAUGACUGGCGGAACCGGAGGAAAUUGCGCUGAUAAGCUUCCAAACUGUGCUGAUUACACACAGGCCACGUGUACAAAUCCAGACUACGCCACGUGGGUUUUGAACAACUGUGCACACUAUUGUAAUAAAUGUGGUGGCACAAUGACUGGCACAGGCACGGGAACAAUGACCGGAACAGGUACGGGAACAAUGACCGGAACAGGUACGGGAACAAUGACUGGUGGAACGAGUGGCGCCUCUGCCACAUUUUGUAUGGACAAGAAGAACGACUGCAAAACUUAUGACCCCACUAUGUGCACAGACUCGAAAUAUCACGCAUGGGCAAAAGAAAAUUGCGCAAAGACUUGUAACAUGUGCGGAGGCGGAACCGGAACUGGUACUAUGACAGGCGGAACCGGAACUGGUACGAUGACAGGCGGAACCGGAAGCGGUACAAUGACCGGAACCUGCGCCGACGCUGUACAAAACUGUGCCAUGUUGAAUCAGGCAUCUCACAUCUGUUCAGAUGCUGGUGCUCAAGUGUACGCCAAACAGAACUGUGCAAGAACAUGUGGCCUUUGUGGAUCAAUGACCGGUGGAACGGGAACCAUGACAGGAACCGGAACGGGAACUAUGACAGGAACUGGAAUUGGGACGGGAACCAUGACAGGAACUGGAACUGGGACGGGAACCAUGACAGGAACUGGAACAGGAACCAUGACAGGAAGCGGAUCAUGCAGUGACGUCAUUGCAAAUUGUAACACUUACGAUCCGUCCGUCUGUACAAGCGCUGACUAUAAACAGUGGGCUUCACAGAAUUGUGCCGCAACAUGUCAUUUGUGCUCGAGCAGCAUGAGCGGAGGAGGUACUAUGACCGGCGGUAUCGUUACCGGAACUGGUGGCGUUAUGACCGGAACCGGAACCGGAAAUGGCGGAGCUAUGACAGGCUAUGACAGGUUCUUCGUCUGGGUGUGUCUACAACUCGCAUUUGUAUCAACAAGGUGAAUCGUGGAAGGACGGUUGUAAAUUCAACUGUCAAUGUGUCGAUGGAUCUACAGGAAAAUACCAGUGUUCCCAGUUGUGUGUACAGUGGCAGCUACCUUCUCAGUGUCACAUGAGCCCACCAGCCCCAGGAAAAUGCUGUCAGACUCCAUCUUGUCCAGCAGGCUUCAACAUUCAGUAUCCACAGGGCUAUACUGAACAAUAGAAUAGCAUGUUAUUCCUUGUGACUAAAUAUAUUUCAAUAAAAUUAGAAAUUGUU